AUGGGCACAAGGGGAUACUGUCAGUUUCAAUUUCAGAGUAUAUUGACGUUCAUGGAUGUGGCUAUAGAAUUCUCUAAGGAGGAGUGGGAAUGUCUGGAUUCUGCCCAGAGGGCUUUGCACAGAGAUGUCAUGUUGGAGAAUUACAACAAUUUGGUUUCUGUGGGUGUUUCUGUUUCAAAACAAGAGUUAAUCAUCUGUCUUGAACAAAAUAAAGAAGCAUGGAUUGUUGAUGGAGAGGAUAGAGAAAUAAGACAACCACCACUGUCUUGUGAACACACCAAGAAGACACUCUCAAAGGUGUGUACACAAAAUCAUUUUCAGAAAAAAAUAACACAAAGAUUUGGACUUGGUUUUAUUUUGAACCUAUAUAGAAGGAGGUUCUGGGAGUAUAAAGGUGUCAGUGAGGAGCAUGAAAUUUAUUAUUAUGAAAAUAAUCUGCUGACUGGAUCACUCCCAUUUUUACAGUUGGAGCCUACCCUAGCAGAAUUUUUACAAGUUUUGACAUGCAACUCUGACCUACAGAGAAAUACAAAACCAUUAAAGAGUGACCUUUGUAUGAAUAAACAAACUUCCGUGAAAUAUUUAUCAAGUUGUAUGGGAUUACGCAGAACUUCAAUAGAUUAUGAACAAAGAAGAUUUUGGAUAAGAGAAAAAAUUACAGAAUGUCAUCAAUGUGAAAUAUAUUUCUCUAAAAAUGUAUUACAGCUCCCUCAACAAUUAAAUCUACUUUGUGACAAGUUCUACCAUUUAGAUAAACCUAAGGAAAUGUCUAUGUAUGCAUUGAAACUUGGACCAUAUCACAUGGGAGAUAAUUGUGGGAACCCCAACAGAAUAAAUGAUACUAACUUAGGUUAUAUUAAAAACCCUGUUCUGAAGAAUUACCAAAAUAGCCAACGUGGAGGGAUUUCAUACCAAGGUAAUAUCAUAUUAUAUGAUUCUCAUCAUGAAACAAUUCUAAGUAAAAAUGAGAUAUGUAAAUGUAUUCCAGAAAAUAGUUAUAACUAUGAAAGUAGACAGGCUAUGUCUAAUCACUGCUCUCAGUCAUCAUUGCAACAGCAGGACCAUACCACAGAGAAGCUUUGCACAAAUGACUGGAAAGAUGACCUUUUACAUGAAUCCUUAAUUCUUCAGGUUUAUAAUGGAACAUGGACUAAAGGAGAUGCCAAUAGAUACACCCGUGAUACAUGCAGGAAUGUCUUAAUUGAAUCAUCAUACUUAGAGAAAAAUAACAUAAAAUGUAUGAAAAAACAACUUUUUCAGGCUCCAGGAUAUGAUAAGUCAUUGAAUUUCAGUUCCAAUAUCAUUCAACAUGAUUCAAGCCAUAAUGUAGAGGAAUGUCAGAAAGCCAAAGUACAUAUGUACCAUUUUUUGAGUGUAACGAACGUCUUGGGACAUUCAAAUUUAUUAGCUGAAGAAAGACAUGCAGAACGUAAAACACCAGAAAAAUGUUCCAGUAAACCCUCAGGUGCUAUAGUAUUUCAAACUAGAGGAAAAUCAUGGAAAUGUAUGCAAUGUGGCAAGUCCUUUGCUCAGUACUCAGCUCUUCAAAACUCUCCCAGAAUCUGUUCUGCAAAGAAACAUUAUAUUUGUAAGGAAUGUUGGAAAUCAUGUACUUGGUCCUCAAACCUUCAAGUUCACAACAAAAUACACAAUUUACAGGAACUUUAUAAACCUAAUAAGUGUGGGAUAUCAUUUACCCAGUCAACAAUUCUAGCUCACCAAAGAUUCCAUACAGGAGGCAAACAUUACAAAUGUAAUGAAUGUGGUAAAUAUUUUACACAGUCUUCAAAUCUUCAAGUUCAUCAGAGAAUCCACACAGGAGACAAACCUUACAAAUGUAAUGAAUGUGGGAAAUCAUUUACCUGUUACUCAAAUCUUAAAGUUCACCACAGAAUCUAUACAGGAGACAAACCUUUCAAAUGUAGUGACUGUGGGAAAAGCUUUUUACAUUCUUCAGAUCUUAAAAAUCACUACAGAAUCCACAGAGGAGACAAACCUUACAAAUGUAAUGAAUGUGGGAAAUAUUUUAUCCAGUUUUCAAAUCUUCAAGUUCAUCAGAGAAUCCACACAGGAGACAAACCUUACAAAUGUAAUGACUGUGGGAAAAGCUUUAUACAGUACUCAGACCUUAAAAAUCACUACAGAAUCCACACAGGAGACAAACCUUACAAGUGUAAUGAAUGUGGUAAAUAUUUUGCCUGGUCUUCAAGUCUUAAAGUUCACCACAGACUUCAUACUGUAGACAAACCUUUAAAAAUAAUUAGUGUGGAAAUCAUUUACAAAGUCCUGAAAACUGCAAGCUCACCACAGAAUACAUCCUGA